CCCUAUAUUCAUUGGUUUGACCUGAACCUACAAGUGAAAUUCUAGAGGGGGUGGGCGAACACUGUUUCCUCUGUUUUGUGGCGAUUUCUCGUCUAUUAUUUCAAUAUUUUCACCCACACAACACUAAAGAUGAGUGUUUCUGACUAGCGGCGAAGGAAUUCGAGGCCAAGAUGUCGAGAAAAAGUGAGCUGAAGAAGCUGAGUGAAGAGUCGCUGACUCGGCAGCCGGAGGAGGUCUUUGAUGUGCUGGAGAAACUGGGAGAGGGUUCCUAUGGCAGUGUGUUCAAGGCCAUGCACAAGGAGUCUGGACAGGUCCUGGCCAUCAAACAGGUUCCCGUGGAUACAGACCUGCAGGAGAUCAUCAAGGAAAUAUCCAUCAUGCAACAGUGUGACAGUUACUUCAAGAAUUCAGACCUUUGGAUAGUGAUGGAGUACUGUGGAGCUGGAUCUGUGUCAGACAUCAUGAAGUUACGUAACAAAACUCUAACAGAAGAUGAGAUUGCUGCCAUCACCUCCAUGGUUCUAAAAGGUCUGGAGUAUCUGCAUUUCAUGAGGAAGAUCCACAGGGACAUCAAAGCUGGAAACAUCCUCCUUAACACAGAGGGAGACGCCAAACUGGCAGAUUUUGGAGUUGCUGGCCAACUCACGGACACCAUGGCGAAGAGGAACACAGUGAUUGGCACACCGUUCUGGAUGGCGCCGGAAGUCAUCCAGGAGAUCGGCUACGACUGUCUGGCGGACAUCUGGUCGCUCGGAAUCACGGCGCUGGAGAUGGCGGAGGGAAAGCCUCCGUACGCAGACAUCCACCCAAUGAGGGCCAUCUUCAUGAUCCCCACCAAACCCCCUCCCACCUUCAGGAACCCUGAGAAGUGGAGUCAGGAGUUCAUUGACUUCGUGUCUCAGUGUCUCGUCAAGAACCCCCAGCAACGGCCGUCUGCAACACAACUCUUACAGCAUCCCUUCAUCCGAGCAGCCAAGCCAGCCUACAUCCUGAAAGAGAUGAUCUCAGAGGCACAGGUUGCUAGGCAACGGAGAAUGGAACAAGUGGAAGAGGAGAGCCCGGAGGAAGAAGAGGAUGAUGAUGUUGACGCGAGCACGAUGCUCCUCGGAGAAGACAACGACACAGGAACGAUAAAAGCGUCGGACACACCGCGAGAUAGCAUGACUGAUGUGGAUGACAGUACCAUGGUAGAGAGCAGUACUGCUGGUACCAUGAUCGAGCACAGUGACAGUACCAUGUUGGAGUCAGACCUGGGUACCAUGGUUAUCAACUCUGACGAAGACACAGAUGAAGACUCCACUAUGAGAAGAAUAGAAACAGGCAAAGUCAAGAAGGAGAAGUAUCGUCCGUCUUUCCUGGACCACUUUGAGAAGAAGGAACAGGACGAGAGAGACCGCCAGUCCGCCGCCAACGGGAACAUCACGGCAGAGAUCCAGCCGGGUCCGGUUCUCAGGCCUGCAUCCGAGGGUUACGGCUUCGUGAGACCGUUUCAGGACGGAGACUUUGAAUUUUUGAAGAACCUGAGUUCUGACGAGCUGCGGAGAAGAUUUGAGACAUUGGACCAGGAGAUGGAGAGGGAAAUCGAGGAACUGCGGCGGCGCUACCAAGCCAAGCGCCAACCCAUCCUCAACGCCAUGGAUGCCAAGAAGAAACGACAACAACACUUCUAAAAAGAACCAACUCAGCUCAACAUUUAUCUUUUGUAAACUUUCUCUACUCCCCGGAAAACUUGAAUGAGGCUUUCUGUUUCAAGGCCACCUUAAUUGAUCUGUUCAACUUUUUUCUGUGAUCUGAAAGGAAAAUGCUUAAAACUGGAAAAACACAAUGGGGGGGUCUGUAUGCCUCUUUUCCAUAAAGCAUAGGCAGCCAAUGUCUAUUUCCUGCAAUUUGUAGGGAAAGAUGCCUUAUUUACUCUAUUUGUAGCGCACCAUACAAAUUUCGUCAAAGUGUUUUGGGGAGAAAGCCAAAUACUUAGUUUUGUUCAGUAAAAUUCUUAGUUGGUUUGCAAGAAGCCCAGCCCUUCUGAAUAGUGCUUGUAUGGCUAUAAGAAUCCGUUUUUAAGUUGCUGGCAAUUUUCUUAACUUUGUACAUACUUAUCGUUUCCUUUAUCUUAUUUUUGUGUUCUGUUGCUGUCUCUUAGACCACCCAAUGUAUAGUUGAUAAUAUAUUUCCAUGGUCAAAGUAAAAGUUAGGCAAAGUGCAUUUUUAUUGAUUAAACUAAUGACGCCAGCAAAUUUGGAGGAUUGAGGUCCAAUUUAGAACUUUUCUUUUGGUAACACUAGUGAUAGAUAGCUUGUUGGUACUGUGAUGUUUGUUGUAAAUAAUAGGAAACGGUGUAGGUUUUACAAUUUUUAGACUCUGCACGGUAGAAAGAACAGUGUCUAGAUUUGUAGGUGUUUGAUACAAAACUUUGCUUUUAUUGCUAGAGGUGUAUUUAGAUAUGUAUCGUCAUAGCAAUGGGAAAAGUUUAAGAUUCUGCGACUAUUUUUAGUCGAUAAGAAAGAAUUGAAGGGUGCAUGGGCAAAAGAUUGGCAAUAGGAGUGUGGUAAACAAUAUUGCAUCGAGUUAUAGAAACUUUUGUAACAUUUUCGGGGAGGAAAGUUGUUAAUCUGCACCAAAAUUUAAUUUUAGGUUCACAUCUUUAUCGUAUCCUUCAUUUUGCAUCUAUGAAAUUGUGUUUGUUGCGAGAAAUCCAUUUUUUUCAUAUUUUCAUUGUCACAAAAACAC